GAAGGCUUGAUUUUAUUUACAGUGUGAGGGUUCCCUCUUCACACAGUGCCUGCAUCCAGCCUGCAACUCCAGGGUUCGGUCCCGACCCUGUGAUCUGACCAUGAGGAUUUGGUGGCUUCUGCUGGUUAUGGGCGCAUGCGCAAGGCGCAUAUUCUCCCAGGACACCUGCCGGCAAGGGCACUCUGGCAUCCCUGGGAAUCCAGGUCACAAUGGCCUGCCUGGAAGAGAUGGACGAGAUGGUGCCAAGGGUGACAAAGGAGACACAGGAGAACCAGGUCAUCCCGGUGGCCCAGGGAAGGAUGGAAUUCGUGGAGAGAAAGGAGAGCCAGGAGCAGAUGGAAGAGUUGAAGCGAAAGGCAUCAAAGGUGAUCCAGGCUCCAGAGGAUCUCCGGGGAAACAUGGUCCGAAGGGGUCCAUUGGUCUUACAGGAGAGCAAGGGCUGCCCGGAGAGACUGGCCCUCAGGGGCAGAAGGGGGAAAAGGGCGAGGUGGGCCCCACUGGGCCUGAAGGACUAAUGGGUAGUACUGGACCUUUGGGUCCCAAGGGCUUACCUGGCCCGGUGGGUCCCAUUGGCAAACCAGGCCCCAGGGGAGAAGCUGGACCCAUGGGCCCCCAGGGGGAGCCGGGAGUCAGAGGAAUGAGAGGCUGGAAAGGCGAUCGAGGAGAGAAGGGGAAAGUUGGUGAGGCUCCCAUCGUGCCCAAGAGUGCGUUCACUGUGGGGCUCACAGUGAUCAGUAAGUUCCCUCCCCCAGAUGCACCCAUUAAAUUCGAUAAGAUCCUAUACAACAAACUGAACCACUACAACAUAGCGACGGGGAAGUUCACCUGCCAUGUGGCGGGUGUCUAUUACUUUACCUACCACAUCACUGUGUUCUCCAGGAAUGUACAGGUGUCUUUGGUCAAAAAUGGGGUAAAAGUCCUGCACACCAAGGAUGGGUACAUGAGCUCUGAGGACCAGGCGUCCGGCGGCAUCGUGCUGGAGCUGAUUCUCGGGGACGAAGUGUGGCUGCAGGUGACAGGAGGAGAGAGGGCCAAUGGCUUGUUUGCAGAUGAGGACGAUGACACCACAUUCACGGGCUUCCUUCUGUUCAGCAGCCCUUGAUGCGAGGACUCUGCACGUGGGCCUCCCCGAGGGCUCUGCUGGUGCUGUGGUACCCACGGAACUAGCUUGGUGAGCGUGGGAUGUGGCUGCACUCAUUCCUCCAGUUAUCGCAUCAGUCCUAGAAUGUGCACAUGGGAAGUUAGCCCUACAGAUUCUGCCAUUUGAACACAUGAAUAAUAAACAGUCACCAGCAAUGCAUCAGUGUACCGUGAAGGCUUCCGUGUCACUGAACAAAGACUGAGUCCAUAUUUGAAUUCUCUAGUUAAUGAAUCCUGUGUCUUCCCUCCCCCGCAUCUGUCUGCUGUAUGAGUCUGAAUCCACACCUGCCUGAAGACUUGUCUUGUGAAUCUGUCCCUGUCCCCAACAAAGGACUUUGCUCUCUCUUUUGUUGAGCAAUACAAAAAACAACACACAGAAAAAGGGAUGAGAGAUACUUCAUAGACAUCUUUAACAGAGUCUUACAAGGAACUAAAUCACUGACUCCAAGUAUUCCCAACUGACCCAAAUAACAA